GAGGUUUUGUCCAUUUAGUCUCGCUUCAUAAACAGAAUUAUAGUUGUUAUUUUUUUAAAUGGACAAAUAUUUUAAAAACUGAAACUCAUUAACUGCCUGAGUGAUUCAUGAAUCUCUCAGAUUAUGUUUUAAAGUCUUUUCUGAUCUUCUAAAUUUUGUGUCCAGUCAAACGAGAGGUUAAUGCUCUCUCUCUAAACAGACACAAAGACUCUUCAGUGCCAAAUCUCAGCUACAGCUUACACCAAAUAUUCACCCAGUGGCUGCCUUCCUGCUUUUUCCCAGGAGGUUUCAGUCAGGAACACAGCUUUCUAUUUGUGACAACUGGUUGGAUAUGUGGGAUGGAAGCAAAGGAACCGAGUCCUGACAUUUAACAUGGUGUGCACACACAGUGAGCUGGUGUGGUCAGUGAAGAUGCAGAGAUAACUGAGCCAGCCUGCACAAAUCCCUUAGGCUGGAAAAAACCUUUAAGAUCAAGUCCAACCACAAACCUGUUCAUUGUUUUAGUUUAAACAAACAUUGUAAGAAGAGGUCCUUAAGAUACAUUUAAGCACAUUAAAACCAUGCACACAUUAUCAGACUCAAACCCACUCUACCUAAGGCUGUAGUGCCAGCAGAAAGAUCCACAGACCCUCCAGGGGUCUCAAUCAACUGGGAGACAUCUCUGUCCCUCUGAGCUCAUUGUUCAAGCGGCCUUACAGUCAGUAGAGAAAACCAGCUACUCUUAGGGCACAAUUAAUUUUAUCCCAACUUCAUUGCCCACCCUUCUGUCUGGAAUUUCAGAUGGAGGCACUGAAAAUACAUGAGAGGAAACCCACACCAGUAUCCAGGAGGAUUCACACAGCCCUUCUCUCCUUGCUUCCAGAGCCAUGGGCUGAGGGAGGCACCUGCAAGUGCAUUAACAGCUACCAAAUCAGGGACAAGCAGAAAUUCACAGCACAUCUCUUUAGGACACCUUCCUGGAUGUUACUGUGGUGCCUGGGCUGUGCUAAUCUCAGACUUGGCCCUUGCUCGUGGCAAUCACACCAUGGCUGUGCUGAGAGCCCUCCAGAGCCCCAAGGCCAUGCUUCUGCCUGGGGAGGUGGGGAUGAUCCCCAGGCAUGCUGCUGAAAGCACCUACAGUCCCCCUCAAAAAAAACAAACAAUCUGGCAGCAGGAACCCUCAAACCUCACCUUUACUCCAAACCUCAGCAAUGGAAAAUGAUGGGAAGGGAAACUUCAGUGUGAUUGUCAUGGUAAAUGAAGAGAACAGAAAAAAAGAAAAAUCAAGAUGUAAUUUGGCAGUUUUCCAUGUUAGUUUUCCCAUUUCUCUCCCUCAUGCACUUUCUACAGGAGCAAUCUGUCCUUUCCCUAAACGCUGAACAAUCCCAGCACUAAACUAAUCAAUAUUAAUAGCGAUGGGUUUGGGAGGAGGGAGGAGGGGAGAGGAGAGGAGGGAUUACCCUGACCUUUUUCAACUCACACUGCCUCAGACAGCCACCAAGCAGCUGAAGAGAGAGCAGCCAGACGGACCCAUCAUGUCCGACAAACCAGAUUUUGCAGAAAUUGAAACAUUUGACAAGACCAAGCUGAAGAAGACAGAAACCAGAGAGAAAAAUCCACUGCCCACUAAAGAAACUAUCGAACAGGAAAAGCAAAGUGAAAGUACAGCCUGAGUAUAAAUUCAAGAUGUGACUGCUGCUUCUUCAGUGGGGUUUUGGCUUCUGAGUUGGGUUGUUGUUUUAUUUUGUCCCUCCCACACCAUUUUUGUUGCCUGUUUAUUUUAGAAACAUUUGUUCAUUUAAUGUUCCCUGGAGAAGUUUAUUUUGUGUUUUUUGAAGAAGAUACUAUGUAUUUGUAUUCUUAAAAUUAUAAUUCCAAGUUCUCUAUCAACCCCAUUACUUGGCAAAAAAAAAGAAAAAAAAAGGCAAUUUGCAUAGAAAUUGCUUUCCUAAACCUCACAAUAAACAGGUUUCUUCUGAC